UAUAGAUAGAGAGCCACCACAUACAAUCUCCCUCACAAACAUACACCAAAGCAAUCACUCCCUUACUACUCUCUCUCUCUCUCUAUAUAUACUUAACAAAGGUCUUAAAUUAAUUUUGUGAGAACAUGUCAGGCCCAAACCCGGUUUUGGUUUACUUGCCGACAGGUGAAGUAGUCUCUUCUACCUCAUCACUGCAAGGGAGUCUAAAGAACAGUGGGUGGGAGAUGGGCAACGGUGGAGAGCCAGAUCGAGUCCUGUACAUUAAACCCCCCUCUGGCCCCUCCGACCUAUUCGAAGAACGCAUCUCCAUACCAUUAGCCUUCUCCAAGUUAACCUCUGUCGACAUGUACGACAUCGUCUUGAAGAACCCUAAUUCCUUCGCCGUCCGUUUCAACUGAAUAAUCCAGGGAAUCAUUUUCUACCAAUAAGUCUGUCUACUUUGUGUUUGUUUAAUAUGUUCCAACCAAAAAAAAAAAAAGAAUUGUUCCAACAAUAAAUUCCAGACAGGACCGACCAUCUGCAGUAAUCACCACUUCGUUUUUUUCUUCUCCAAUUUGCAUCAUCAUUUUGUUUUUCUUCUCCAAGUUUGUUGCAUGCGUGUGCUUGCUUCUAAUUUCAUCAUCUUUGUGAGGCUUGUGUCGCCCUUUGUUUAUAUGCUUUCUGUGCCUUUUGUAGUUGUGUUGAUUGAUGUAAUAAAGGUGUGUUUCUUUUGGUUUUAUUGUAAACAAAAGAACAUCCUCAAUUGACCAUAUUUUUUU